AUGUCGACAUUUGGUGACUACUUCCGGGUCACGACGUAUGGCGAGUCGCACUGCCGUUCAGUCGGGUGCAUCGUGGAUGGCUGCCCUCCUGGCAUGGCUUUGAGUGAAGAUGAUAUUCAACCCCAGAUGACUCGACGGAGGCCUGGCCAAAGCGCCCUCACUACCCCUCGCGAUGAGAAGGAUAAGGUUGAGAUACAGUCCGGAACAGAAUACGGAUUUACUCUCGGUACGCCAAUCACUUUGAUUGUUCGCAAUGAGGACCAAAGGCCCAAGGACUAUGGCGGUAGCACGAUGGAUAUGUUCCCUCGUCCGAGCCAUGCCGAUUUCACUUAUCUUGAGAAGUAUGGAAUUAAAGCUAGUAGUGGAGGAGGUCGCAGCAGUGCUCGCGAGACAAUUGGACGUGCUGCCGCUGGAGCUAUUGCAGAGAAAUAUCUGAAGCUUGCCCAUAAUAUCGAAAUUGUCGCCUUCGUUUCAUCUGUUGGCAAGGAAGACCUUUUCCCCCCUUCUCCUGAAUACCCUUCCUACUCAACAAAUCCCAAUUUUUUGAGACUGAUUGAAACAAUUACUCGGGAGAAAGUGGAUGAGUUUGCCCCUGUUCGAUGCCCUGAUACAGAAGCUUCUCGCCGUAUGGCUAAAGUCAUUGAGGCCUUCCGUGAUAAGAAAGAUAGUAUUGGAGGUACCGUCAUGUGUGUCAUUCGAAACGUUCCAGCCGGUCUAGGCGAGCCCUGCUUUGAUAAAUUGGAAGCAAAGCUUGGCCACGCAAUGAUGAGUAUCCCUGCCACGAAAGGAUUUGAAAUUGGUUCUGGCUUUGGUGGCUGCGAGAUCCCCGGCUCAGUUCACAAUGAUCCAUUCGUGGCAGCACCAGAAGUUGCUGGACUCAAUGAUAAGAAACGAUUGAUCGCAAAAACAAACAAUUCUGGGGGUAUUCAGGGUGGUAUCUCGAAUGGAGCCGAUAUCUACUUCCGCAUCGCUUUCAAAGCCCCUGCGACCAUUGGCCAGGCACAAAUUACAACCAAGUAUGACUUCGAGGAAGGAAUUCUAGAAGCUAAGGGUCGUCAUGAUCCCUGUGUUGUACCCAGGGCUGUGCCAAUUGUUGAGGCCAUGUCCGCGCUUGUCAUCAUGGAUGCUCUUCUUGCGCAAAAAUCCCGGGAGGCUUCGAGAAGUGUACUUCCACCGUUGCCUAAAUCUUUACCUAUAAGACCUGAAAUCACAAACUAA